AUGACGCUCUCAUUGAGUAGACGAGACCAUCUCAUGCGGCGCACUAUACCACCGGUAGCGGGAGCACUCACUGGAGCCCGCAGCUCCACUUGCCUCAAGCUCUCCGGUAGUAUAUCGUCGUCACUCUGCUACUGGCAGGAGCCAAGAAAGCAAAAGUUUUACCGCGUGUUAACCUUAGUGAUGAGUUAUUCAAGCCUUGGCGAUCGACGUCUCAUGGGUUUCGAUAAAACCUCAAAAUUAUCAUUUAUUAACAGUAAAAUAAUAUUUUACUUCGGUCCAUGGGUCAUUGUCUCUCAACUUAUCUACCUUUAUGUCAAUUACAGUGACCUCAAUUUCGAUAUAUUGGGGAUAAUUUUCUCGAUAUUUCCAGCUUCAUUAUUGUCUAAUGUAAGUUACCUAUUAACCCUGGAGUGGGCACGCUAUGAUCAUUUUGCCGCCCUCACCAACAAUACAUUGAAAAGCUAUAAGCGACUUAUCAAAUCACUAUUUACAGAAAUUCAUUUGUACACUGUAUACAAAGAUAAUAAAACCGAGUUUGUAAAACGUAUACUUCUAAAAUCUGAACGCUACACUCGCUGGACAACCUACUAUUUAGCAUUUUUCUUCAUCAUCAGCUGGAUAGGAUGGAUAUCCAUAACAGCAGUGAACAAUUACAACAACAAAGAGCUUGUGGCCAACCGCACUGCGAGACUUCAGACUUGCGUUUUCUUAUGGUUACCCCUAGACUAUAGUUACGAUUUUCGUAAUUGGUGCGUCAUUCAUGCCAUCAAUAUUCAUAUAGUCUGGUGUGCCGUUACCUUAAUGGCUACGUUUCAAUCUCUUAGUAACAUUUUUAUUUUCAAUAUCAUCGGACAUAUUCAGAUUUUAAAAAAUAUGAUGAGAACAGAUUUCAAUGAGGAUUUGAGUGACGAGGAAGUCCAUAAACGGCUUGUAAAAAUUAUUAAGUAUUACUCUUUCAUAACGCGCGUAUUUAAAGAAGUUCAAAACGCGUUUGGGUUUAAUGUGAUGGCAAAUUACGCACAAAAUCUUUUCGGAAACAGUAUUGUCUUAUAUCAACUUAUGUACGGGGGCAGAGAAAAUAAGAUGUUAUAUACCACAAUGAUUAUGGCUUACACCGGUGGACCAAUUUUGAUGUCAUUUGUGCUCGAGGAAGUCAAAAAAGAGGCUGAAGAUCUACCAGAAGUUGUAUACAGUAUGCCAUGGGAAAAGAUGUCGGUGCAAAAUCAGAAAACGGUACUACUAAUUUUACAACGCGUGCAGAGUGUCUUCGAAUUUGUGGCACUUGGUAUAUUGACUGCCGGAGUUAAGCCUAUGGUCUCGAUAUUGAAAACCACAUUUUCAUAUUACGUAAUGCUGGAAAACACAAUGUCUGUGAAAUCAUAA